AUGUUACUGAAAGGGUAAGUCACAGAUAACCUAGAGAAACCAAUUUUAUAUAUUACUUAACGGAGACUACACGAAACUUUAACAGCUUGCAAAUUUCACAAAGCUCUUUCCAAUAUUAAAUUUGCCCAAGUCCACACUCUACAGGGUCAUUUCUAUCGCAGGUACGAGUUCAUACUCUUGUGCGUACAGGAACUUUUUUGCUAUAUAAACGUCAGAAAGAAAUUUUAAAUUCAUUCGUUCAACUGCCUUGUCUUCAAGUGGUAUACAAACAUGAAGCUGCUCGCUCCAAUCACCGCCCUUAUCGCUGCUGCAUCAGCCGGCCAGAUCUACACAGGACAGACAGCAGAGAGUUACGCUAAAGCAGCAGAGCUCUACCAAUCAGGGCUCGAGCACCAGCAGAACGGGUUAUAUUCUGACCUAUCACAGGCGCCGCAGGUGUUCGCCAGUCAUGACGCGGCGUACAACAGUAGACCGUCGGGUGAGAAGACGGCGAAAAUCUUGAGCUACAAUAUGGAGAAUAAUGGACAUGAAUAUAAAUAUUCUUAUGAGACUGACAAUGGAAUCAGGGCCGAGGAAUCCGGCCACUUGUCCGAGGGUGGCACCACGACCCACGGCGCGUACUCCUACACUGGCGACGACGGCAAGGUGUACACCGUGACGUACACAGCUGACGAGCACGGGUUCCAUCCCCAGGGAGCCCACCUCCCCACCCCUCCCCCCAUCCCGGAGUCGAUACAAAACAGCCUUGCGCAGAACGCUAGAGAAGAAGCCUCUGGUGUCUUUGAUGAUGGUCACUACAAGGAGCAAGGUCAAUACAAGGAGCAUAUCAGUCAGUACAAGGAGAUCCCCGACCAUGGAGUGACUCACAGUUACCCUCAAUACGAGAACUUCCAACCUAUAACCUAUGAAGAACCCAGCCAUGUGUCAGGAGCAGAACUGGCGUAUCAUGGCCAUCACUGAAAGAAUUUAGUGGGAAAUGUUAAAGACAGUGAGUGUGAGUGAAAGAGUGGAUUUUAGGUGUGGUGUAAGUGUUAAUAUAUGAAUAAUUAUUAAUAAACAAAAUUAAAAUUAAAAUUUUUUAAAAGUCUCAAAA